AUGCCUGGUAAAAACGACGUUUCAUCUGUCAACGAGUCGUUAAUUCUGGAGAUAUGCCAUUAUGGUCCUGUCACAGCCAUCAAAGUCCAUAAAAAUUCCAUCUUCGUUGGUUAUGGACCCAUACUAAAGGUGUUUGAGAUCGAUUCGUCUUCCAAUGCCAUUACGUUGAAUUCCAGCCAAAGAGCUUUCAAGAGAAACAAAAUCCAUUCCAUUGAUGUCCUUGGAAGCAAGGUUUGCGUGGCAGGUGCUCGUUCUUUCGCAGUGGUUGAUUUGUCCAGUGGAUCUAAAAUUCAAGAGAAAGCCAUCAAUGAGUGGAUAGUUUCUGGCAAAUUCCUUGACACCAACACGCUUUUGCUUUUGACAUCGCAUAAUGAAGUUCUCAAGAUCGAUAUCCGUGACCUCAUGCAUUUCCAGUUCAAUGUUGUGGACAAAAUCCAUUGCAAUGAGAAGUCCAUCCUAUACAGUGGCUCGAUCACCAUCACCAACACGGGAAAAGUCUAUGUCGCAGCAGGAACUGUGAUGAGUGGAGUGAUUGUGUGGGACUUACAGACGAGAGAGAUUUUGCGUGUGUUGACAGCCCACGAGGGAUCCAUUUUUGGUGUCAUUAUCAGUCCGGAUGGGAAAUACAUAAUUUCGUGCUCUGACGAUAGAUCCGUGAAACUCUGUGAUUUUAGCACUGGAAAUGUGUUGGCCUCAGGAUGGGGUCAUGGAUCAAGAAUUUGGUCUUUGCAAUUUGUUUCUUUUUCUAAUGAAUCGGUUGAUAUUUUCAGCACUGGAGAAGAUUGCACAGCAAGAUUAUGGCACUACGAGGCGGGCUCUGAUUCGCUCGUUCAGACCCAGCUUUGGGACCAUUGCCAUCUGGGAAAGCACAUUUGGUCUGGAGAUAUCGACAUGGCUAAUAUUGGUGCUGCUGUCACUGGAGGUGCAGACGGAAAACUUCGUAUCCAUGAUAUUUCUGCCUUAGGAAAAGGUGUAUCCUCAUACUCUCCUCAAGACAUAACUUUCAUGACCGGUGCUGUAUUUGAAAAGAAAGAGGUCAUAAAACAAUUCGCAGAAUUGUCAGAGUGUGACUUAUUGGUGGUCGUUACAACUUUGGGAAAGGUCUUCACCCUAUUCCAGGCUUCUCAAUGGACCCAGGUCAGCAUUUCUGAAAAUGACACAUCCAUAAUUAAAGAAUCUGGAAUGUUGCAUGCAUUUUCUAGUCUCAACGCUGCAGCUAUUUUCACCAGACUAGGCGAUGUCUUGGCUUUAAGUUUUCACACCAGUGGAGAAUUGAAGUCCCUGGAAUGGAUAAAGGGUAAUGAUGAGCCUUCAAAGAAGAUUAUCAAUGUCUUGAUGGAUGAAGAUAAAAAGAAAAAGGAGUUUUAUGCUCUUCUUGAUUGUCCCAACCCAAAUAUUCCCUUUGAAGUCAAGAAGUUUGCCUUAAGAAAUGACAAGUUGACCGUCACCGCUUCCAUCGAACUCUUCAAGCCCGACCCGAAGGUUUUCACUCCAACAUCGGUUCAUUUCGAUGCCAGAAACCAAUGGCUUUUAGUUGGGUCCAGACAUGCCAACUUCGCCAUCUAUAAUCUCGCGGGAGAACAUUAUCAGCUUCCCCUGCUCGUUCGCAAGGUCUGUCCUGGCGAUACGAUAACCACUAUCUCUACAGUGAAAUCGGCCGAUAAUCAUUUGGUGGCACUACUUACUGUACGUGAUGGCACCUACCUCUACAUGUCGAUCAGCCAAGAGAAUGAAAAAUUCAUGUUUGAGAUCAUUUUACAAAACAAAGUCUCUCGUGGUAUCAUCGAAGGUGGCUUUGUGGAGAAGGAUGAUCUUUACCUCUAUGGGUUCCGGGCUUCUUCGUUCUAUCUCUGGAAUGAAACCAAGCAAAUUGAAAUCGAUCACCACCUGUGUGGUGGUGCCCAUAGACAAUGGGAAUUGAUCAGGCACAAGGGCCAAUUUGACUAUAAAUUCAUCUAUUUGAAUAAGUCCAGUUUGAUUAUGAAAGGUUUUCAUUGCAGAUUCAACGAUUCUAAUCGCGGAUUGCUUAUUGGAGGCACACAUGGUCGUGAAAUCAGAGGUGUCGCUGUAUGUCCUGUUCAAGAACAGGAUGGAACUAGACUUCUCGCAACGGCUUCGGAAGAUGCAACCAUCAAGUUGGGAAAGCUUGACUUGAAUGGUAACGUAGCAAACCUCUGGACCAUGAAUAAUCAUAUCUCUGGAUUACAGACUAUUGAUUUCAUGAAUCAGCAAUACCUUGCCAGUUCAGCAGCUAAUGAAGAACUUUUGAUCUGGAAAGUUCAUCGCAUCUCAUCCUCCGUACUUACCAUCGUUGAGCAUUCUAGACUUUCCGUUUCGGAUGAGAACCCUGACUUGAGAAUCAUGGACUUUGCAUCUCUUGAAGUGGAUGGAGGAUUCUGGGUUGCUGCUGUGUUCUCCAAUUCCAAGAUAAAGGUAUUCUUUUAUGACACCGAAAAGAAAGCUUUCACGUUGUGCAUUGAUGAUACUUACAGCACAUUCUGCAUUUUGAAUGUAAAUUUCAUCACCCACAACAACCAGACCUAUCUCAUGACUGGAACAACAGAUGGAUUUAUCACAAUUUGGGAUGUCUCAUCGAGUCUCUCAACCUUGAACAUCCACAAAUUGGAAAGAUUGGUUGUGCAGCAACAACUCCAUCAGAGUGGUGUUAAGGCUGUAACAAUCAUUCCAGCGAAUAACAAGUGGAAGUUGAUUACAGGUGGUGAUGACAACGCUUUGGUUUUAUCGAUUUUGACUCCAACCGCAGAUGGAAUUACAUUGGAGACUGUUUCCUUCGUUGAGGAUGCGGCCUCUGCAACUAUUACGGGUCUCAGCAAUGUUGGCAAUGACAAAGUCUUUGCUACUUCGGUUGACCAAAUAGUCAGACUUUGGAGUAUUUCUGAUGACACUUUGACUUGUGAUUCUGCAAGCUAUACUACAGUUGCAGACACGGGAUGUUGCGAUACUACCGAAUUUAAUGGCCAGCACCUUGGAGUUGUGGGUGGUGCUGGAUUGGGGUUGUGGACAAUUACCAAAUAG